UUGCUUAUGCUAAAAGUUGUUAUCUUUGCCUUUUCACCAACCAAAUUUCAAAAUACCUCAUCACUCAUUGGAGAUGGAGGACCUCCAAACUCAGUCUCUCUCCCUACCCGACUUCAUGAAUUUGAUGGCACCAAACCCACUCUCCUCUUCUUCCCACAGCUCCAUCACCGAUUGGCGCGUCUUCUUCGACGCCCGUCAAGAGUCCGAAUUCACGAAUCCCACCUCCAAUUUCUCCAACUCAGUCACCAAAACCAAAAUCAAUGCGGCGCUGGAGCUCUUCGACUUCAUCUGCUUCCCCUCCCUCUUUCAGUUCUGGUCGCCCACCAUUUCCCAAGACCAGCAAGAGCUUCUUCAUUCGUCCGACUUGCCUUUCGCCCUUAUUCCGGAAAGGGGAUUUGUUUAUUCCGAAAACGUUGCUCCGAUCACAGAUACAAUGUCCGUGGAGAUCGCUGCUGCCCCCGGGUCGGGUUUUCAGCCGGAGGUUUCCGGAAUUUUGCCCCGAUUUAAGAUGUUACUCUGAGGAGGAGUUCGAGUUGAAGGAUUUGGCCUUGGCUGCCGGAAUCCGUGGGUAUUUGUGUUUGCCGGUGUUUGAGCCUGAUUGGAAUUUCUGUAUUGCAGUUGUUGAGAUUUUGACGAUAAUGGAUGGAAGCUUUUACUUCGCCAAUGUGAUCGACAAAGUAUCAGCUUCACUCAAGGAGGUUGGAUUGAGGUGCUCUGAUGCAUUCUGGCCAUUUGACACAAAUCAUCGAACAUACAAUCAACUUGAAAAUGGUCCCGAACAAUAUAAACUUGCUGUCGAUGAGAUACAGAAUGUCUUGGACAUGCUAUGUAAAGCAUACAAAUUACCUUUUGCUCAGACUUGGGUUGCCAUCAGGGGUGGGGCCAAUGAAGAAAGCUUCAUUUCCAAGGCCAAAAUGGAAUCCUACACAUCGGUCACUAGGUUUUCUUCGUUUCAAAGAGACUGCAACUGAUUCCAUUUGAGAAAGGGUCAGGGCAUUGUUUGGAAGGCAUUGUCAUCUGGUGCUUGCUUCUGCAGAGAUGUAACCAAGUUAAGCAUAGUUGAUUAUGCUUUAGCACUCAGUGCACGGAAGGUUGGUUUUACGGGUGGCUUCGCUAUUUGCUUGCAAAGCACCUACACUAGAAAUCUUCAAUAUAUAUUAGAGUUGUUCCUGCCUCCAAACCAGACAAUUUAUCAGCAACCUCGGAUUUUUCUGACUUCACUUUUAGACACAAUGAAGCAGGAAUUUAAAACCUUCGAGCUUAGAACAGGACAGGAAAUAGGUAGUGAUGUACAUGUUGAAGUUCUUCAAACUUCUGAGGAUGAUCCCCUCGAUUCAUUUGUAAUGAGUAAAACUAUGCAUGCUAGUGAAAGCUUAGAGAACCAAGCAAAUAAAGCUCAACGAACCCCAGCCCUGGCAUUGCCUAUUGAUAAUAGAGCUAACAGUUGUAGACCAGAAACUGUUAGAAUAGGGGAAAACACUGCUAGUUCAUCUCUUGUUUCCAGAUGCUACCUUAACGAAAAGGCGGUACCAUCACAUGGUACUACCCCAAAUAACACAAGGGAUGAACUAAAUCCACAACGGAUUUUGCGGGCCGACAUUGGUUCUACGAGGAAAUUAAGCUUGGGAGAGGUAGUUAGCACAAAGGCUCCUCAAAAACUAUCUGAGAAUAGAAUAAAGGAUCAAGAUAACCUUAAUUCUAAGAGAUCCAUCUCAAAUAACAUGAAAGCUGCAUCUGACAUAAAUGGCAGGAAGAGAAGUAUAGUUGGCUGUUCUGCCGAGAAACAUAUUGUAGAAACUAUCCAGCAGUGUCGUGUGAGUCCUCCCGAUGAAGGUCACUCUUCUCGUUCUUCUCUUUCACCAUCCUUGGAAAACCUAGGAUGCAUCAUGACAGUGAAGGCAGACUUUGAAGGUGAUACUAUAAAGUUUAGAGUUCCUGCAGACUCUGGAAUAACGAAACUGAAAGAUGAAGUGGUGGAAAUGUUAACAUUAGAUGCUGCAACUUUUGAAAUCAAGUAUCAACGUGAAGACAACAUUUGGGUCGUACUUGAUACGGAUGCAAAAUUGAGGGAGUAUGUGAGUGGUUUCACAUCAUCGGGUCCAAAAUACGUUUUGGCUUUCCAUCAUGUCGAUCAAAAUGACAGUGAAGGCAUUGUAUAAAGAUGAUCUGAUAAAGUUUGAGCUCCCUCUUUCAGCCGGAAUAUUGGAACUGAAGAAUGAAAUGAUAGAGAUGUUAAAACUGAAUGAUGGUAGUUUUGAAAUCAAUUACACUGAUGAGAACAACUGUCCUAUUUCUCUGGAUAGUGAUGCAGCCUUGCAGAAUUGUAUCAAUACGGCGAAGGCACUACAUAAAACUUCAAUGAGGCUCUCCAUUCAGCCCAUUGGAACUCAAACAUCAACCAGCAACGAAUGCAUAGCGAUUGUAAAAGCAACUUAUGGAGAUAAUAUUAUAAAGUUUAAGUUGUCUGCUUCAUCAGGAAUAAUGAAGUUGAAGGAUGAAGUGAGUAAGAGGUUAACAAUAGAAGCUGCAAGUUUUGUUGUCAAGUAUCUCGAUGAAAGUGGCAACGAAGUUGUAGUGGAUGGAGAUGCAGCUCUGACCAACUACAUGACUUGGAUGGCAUCUUUCGGCACUGUCAAAAUCUCUCUUCAACGUAUAGACCAACCGGUUUAACCUCAAAGAAGCUGCGGAAAAGAAAAAUGGCAGAAAAGAGUGCAGCUAAACCAUCACUGGCCAGUACUCCUAAAUUGAACGAACGAAUCCUCUCGUCUUUGUCAAGGAGAUCUGUUGCUGCUCAUCCAUGGCAUGAUCUUGAGAUUGGAUCUGGAGCACCUGAACUUGUUAACGUCGUGAUUGAGAUCCCUAAAGGAAGUAAAGUGAAAUAUGAACUUGACAAGAAAACUGGUUUGAUCAAGGUUGAUCGUAUACUAUACUCGUCUGUUGUGUAUCCUCACAACUACGGCUUCAUUCCUCGCACACUAUGCGAGGACAACGACCCAAUGGACGUUCUAGUGAUCAUGCAGGAAACUGUGGUGCCCGGCUGUUUUCUUCGAGCUAGGGCCAUAGGGUUGAUGCCUAUGAUUGAUCAGGGAGAGAAAGAUGACAAGAUUAUUGCUGUUUGUGCUGAUGAUCCCGAGUAUCGCCACUUGACUGAUAUCAGCCAACUCCCGCCUCAUCGUCUCAUGGAAAUCCGACGAUUCUUUGAAGAUUACAAGAAGAAUGAAAACAAAGAGGUAGCAGUUGAUGCCUUUUUGCCCUCUGCAUCUGCUAAGGAUGCCAUCAAAUACUCCAUGGACCUUUAUGCUGAGUACAUCCUGGAGACAUUGAAGAAAUGAGAAAUCAUUUACAGUUCCUCAAUAUUAGUGGUGGUGGAAGAAGAAGCCUUCACUAAAUUUAAGUACCAUAUUUUCCUUUCUUGAAAUUUCCCUGUUGUUUCAAUAAAUUUUUUGUUUGGAAAUUCAUUCCAAGUUUAAGCAAUACAAUGUAAUAUGCUCAUUAUCAAUACAAAAUAAAUGUUCUUUAA